AUGUCUUCCUUCAGCCCCACCCAGAUCUUCGAUGAAGGCACCACCGAAGAGAAGGGCGAGAACGCCCGUCUCGCCGCCUUUGUCGGUGCCAUUGCCGUCGGCGACCUAGUCAAGAGCACGCUGGGCCCCAAAGGCAUGGACAAGAUUCUGCAGUCUGCCUCAACUGGGGAGAUCAUGGUUACAAACGACGGAGCGACGAUCCUAAAGUCUAUCGCCCUGGACAACGCAGCUGCCAAAGUUCUAGUCAACAUUUCAAAGGUGCAGGACGACGAGGUCGGUGACGGCACUACAUCAGUCGCCGUGCUCGCGGCGGAGCUGCUGCGCGAGGCCGAGAAGCUGGUCGACAAGAAGAUCCACCCCCAGACCAUCAUCGAGGGCUACCGGAUAGCCAGCCAAGCCGCCCUGCAGGCUCUCGAACAGUCGGCCGUCGACCAUAGCAAAGCUCCCGAUGCAUUCAAGAAGGACCUUCUGGCGAUCGCCAGGACGACUCUGAGCUCCAAAGUUCUCGCACAAGACCGUGACCACUUCGCGAAGCUGGCAUGCGAGGCGGUGCUCCGACUGAAGGGCUCCGCAGACUUGAGUCAUAUUCAGAUCAUCAAGAAGGCCGGUGGGAAGCUCAGCGAUUCAUACCUCGACGAGGGCUUCAUCCUCGACAAGAAGAUUGGUGUCAACCAGCCGAAGCGCCUUGAGAAGGCAAAGAUUCUCGUCGCCAACACGUCGAUGGACACAGACAAGGUCAAGAUCUUCGGUGCACGCGUCAAGGUCGGCUCAACGAGCAAGCUGGCCGACCUAGAGAAGGCGGAGAAGGACAAGAUGAAGGCCAAGGUCGAGAAGAUCAAGGCGCAUGGUAUCAACUGCUUUAUUAACCGACAGCUCAUCUACAACUGGCCUGAGCAGCUAUUCACCGACGCAGGGAUCAUGUCGAUCGAGCACGCCGAUUUCGACGGCAUCGAGCGAUUGGCUCUUGUCACUGGUGGAGAAAUUGCAUCGACUUUCGACCACCCGGAGCAGGUCAAGCUCGGACAGUGCGACCUGAUUGAGGAGAUCAUCAUUGGCGAGGAUACCCUGAUCAAGUUCUCUGGCGUCGCAGCUGGUCAAGCGUGCACGAUUGUGCUCCGGGGAGCAACGGAGCAGCUUUUGGAUGAGUCGGAGCGGAGUCUACACGAUGCGCUGGCUGUGCUGUCUCAGACAGUCAAGGAGCCCAGAACUACCCUGGGCGGAGGAUGCGCCGAGAUGGUCAUGGCCAAGGCGGUCGAGGGUGCCGCGACGCGAGUCGAGGGUAAGAGGCAGAUGGCGGUCGCCUCGUUUGCCGUCGCGCUCCGUCAGCUGCCGACUAUUCUGGCUGACAACGCGGGUCUCGACUCGGGCGACCUCGUUGCUCGGCUCCGCAAGGCCAUCUACGACGGCAUGACCACAUAUGGCCUCGAUCUGAUGUCGCCAGGUGGCGGCGUGGCGGAUAUGCGUGAUUUGGGCGUUAUUGAGAGCUACAAGCUGAAGAAGGCAGUGGUUUCUUCAGCCAGCGAAGCUGCUGAGCUCCUCUUGCGCGUGGACGACAUUAUCCGGGCUGCGCCACGCCGGCGAGAGAGAAUGUAG